AUGGCCUAUCAGAGAGUCGUAAACUAUUUCUAUGCAGAUUUUAAGACCUUCUUGGCCCGCCUCGUUCUAUGUAGUUUGUGCAAAAGCAAACUUAACUAAACUUUCCUCGCUUUGGCAAGUAAACUCUAGUGCACCCCCAUCUCCCAGAUUUCCUAUCUGUUGCAGAGUUCCUAGAUAAACAAGACGCUUAUCGCUGAUCCCAUUGGAGUAUGUAGGAUCUCGAGUUUCAACAUCGAACUUUGUGGGAUAUACUUCUGCUGUCCUGGCACUUCAGCGGAACUGAGUUUUUUUUUUUUGGAUAAUUGUACAGAUCAGCAGCGUUUACCCUCCAGGAAUCCGAUUUGAGGGAAUGUGAUAUGUACCGGGAAUGGAAAAAAAUGAGAUGGCUGGAUGGGCUUGCUGAAAUUUAGGCUACAGACAAACGGACAUGGUCCGCAUCCCUGCCCGGUAGAUAAAUGUUUAUGGACACCUUGGAGUAUAGACAAGACUCUGCCAGAAAGCUUAGAAGCACAUAUCUAGUUCCUGUGGUCUUCCCAGACAGAAAAACAGGGACGCAAUACCUGGUGUUUGACCCAUUUAUAAAGCACAGGGCUGGAUACUUUAUUCUAGCAAUCAACACGUCUUGGAAACGUUCAGCCAGAGGGUCUUCAGCAAGGAAGUGUGAUUUGGUUAUAAAACAUAAACUUGGAUACUCAGCCUUGGAAUAUGAUUUCUUCCAGAAACACAGACUGGGACAUCUGUCCCUAAAUUUCCACUCUAGUCCUGAAAACUUGGAAAAGGAUAUCAAAGGUUGGAACUGGAACCCAGCUGAAGAGUUGGAUACCUGACACCAGACAGAGACCUGGAUCUGCUGGUGGGAGGAGCUACUCUUGCUGACUGAAAUGUAGAGGGCUGGUGCUCCCUGUUGUGGACUUGGAGUGAACAGACCACCCAUUAAUUGCUGCUUCCACACGAUGUUGUCCUGUUUAUUACUACUGGCUACUUUUUUCCCAGAGCGAUCUUUUGCAGAAGUCAACUUUGAGAUGUGCCGUUUUCCACUGGGAAUGAACGAGGGUAAGAUUCGAGAUGAGGACAUCACUGCUUCCAGUCAGUUUUAUGACACAACAGGACCACGGUUUGCCAGGUUGGACAGAGAGGAAGGAGAUGGUGCCUGGUGCCCAGCAGGUGACCCGCAGCCAGGGGGUUCGGAGUUUCUACAGAUAGACUUAAGAAAAAUGCAUGUAAUUACACUGGUGGGGACUCAGGGUCGUCAUGCAAAAGCCACUGGCAAAGAGUUUGCACGUGCUUAUCGCCUAGAAUACAGUCGAAAUGGUGAACGAUGGAUAUCUUGGAAGGAUCGACAUGGAAGACAGAUUCUUCAGGGAAAUAGUAAUGCCUACCAGGUGGUGCUGAAGGACUUGGUCCCACCAAUUAUUGCUCGCUUUGUCCGAGUGAUUCCUGUGACAGACUUGCCUGCCACUGUAUGUAUGCGGGUUGAACUCUAUGGCUGUGACUGGUCAGAUGGUCUUGAAUCAUAUAGUGCUCCAGUGGGACAGCAGACAAUAGCAGCUCCAGGGCAGCCCAUUGUGUACCUCAAUGACACCACUUAUGAUGGCUUCUCCGAGAAACGGAAUAUAUUUGGUGGUCUAGGCCAGCUGACAGAUGGAGUUCUUGGACUCGAUGAUUUUUCUCAGGGUCGUUUGUCGUGGUUGUGGCCAGGUUAUGAUUAUGUGGGCUGGCAGAAUGGGAGCUUCAAUUCUGGCUAUGUGGAGAUGGAAUUUCAGUUUGACCAACAGAGAAACUUCACACACAUGAAGGUUCACUGCAAUAACAUGUUCAGCAGAGGAGUGAAGAUUUUCCGUGAAGUCCAGUGUUGUUUCAAGUUGCAGCUUGCCUCACAGUGGGAGUCUGAACCAGCUGGUUUCACUACAGUGCUCGAUGACAAGAACCCCAGUGCUCGCUUUGUCACUAUACCGUUGCAUCAUAGAGUCGCCAAAGCUAUCUUGUGCCAUUUUUAUUUUGCAGACACAUGGAUGAUGUUUAGUGAAAUCACUUUUCUUUCUACAAUAAAUCCAAAAGCGUAUGAAGACAAAAUUCCAAGAGUGACCACAGCAGUUCCAGACACCAGUGGAGGUAGACAAGAGUCGGUCACAGUAAAUCCUAUCGUUGGUGUAACCAAAGUUAAAAGAGUAACAACAGCAGUGCCAUUUACCAAGCUGAGCACCACUGAAGCAAGACAAGAAACCACACUUCCCUUCACAAUCAGCCGGCCUGUGGAUAAGCCUGACAACUUUGGCACCUCCAUUUUGAUUGGCUGCCUUGUCGCGAUUAUUCUUCUGUUACUCCUUGUCAUUUUCCUUAUCCUAUGGAAGCAGUAUAUUAAGAAACGACUGGAAAAGGCUCCAAGACGAAUCCUUGAUGGAGAUGCUACAGUACGUCUUUCUUCCUACAGUGACACAAUUGUCAUUAACAACCAGGCACAAAUCUACCAGUCUAAUCCCACUUAUGAAAGGAUCUUUCCUCUGGACCUAGAGUACCAUGAGCCCACUACACUAGUGCACAAGUUACCAGAACUUUCUCAGAGUGCUGAAGACUCUGUACUCUGCCUUAGCAAUCCCAGCUAUGAUCUUUUUCUCUCUUCAAUCUUUACGCUGUCUCACUGGCCUGGUUGGCAUAUCGGGGAAACUAAACUGCAUGGCAAAAAUGCUUGCAGUGGUGACUAUGCUGAACCAGACUUGACCAAGUGUACUCCACACCAGGGUUUUCAAAAUAAUGUUCCCCAUUACGCAGAGACAGAUAUCGUGAACCUGCAAGGAGUGACUGGAAAUAACACGUAUGCUGUACCUGCCGUCACUGUCGACUCCCUCACAAAAAAGGACAUAACUGUGGGAGAAUUCCCACGGGAUCAACUGCACUUUAAGGAGUUGCUGGGAGAAGGGCAGUUUGGAGAGGUUCAUCUGUGUGAGUUGCCUGGCCAUUUGGGUUUCGCAGGCAUGGGACUUCUCUUGAGUGAACGGAGGGAUCAGCCAAUGCUGGUUGCAGUAAAGAUGCUGAGAUCUAAUGCCAAUGUAACUGCCAGGAACAACUUUCUGAAGGAGAUUAAAAUUAUGUCUCGGUUGAAUGACCCCAACAUUAUCCGCCUGCUGGGAGUGUGCAUACAAGAUGAUCCUCUGUGCAUGAUAACAGAAUACAUGGUGAACGGGGACCUCAACCAGUUUUUGUCCCAGAGGGAGAUGGAGAGUCCUAUUACAGCAGCUAACAACAUACCGUCUAUAAGCUAUCGUAACUUGCUACACAUGGCCAUACAGAUUGCAUCUGGGAUGAAAUACACCUCAUCUUUAAACUUUGUGCAUAGAGACCUGGCAACUCGAAACUGCUUAGUAGGAAACAACUACACUAUCAAAAUUGCAGACUUUGGCAUGAGUCGAAACCUGUAUAGUGGGGAUUAUUACCGAAUUCAGGGCAGAGCUGUAUUACCUAUCAGAUGGAUGGCAUGGGAAAGUAUCCUGCUGGGGAAGUUCACGACAGCCAGUGACGUCUGGGCUUUUGGUGUUGUCCUGUGGGAAAUGUAUACCCUCUGCAAAGAACAACCGUUCAGCCAGCUCUUAGAUGAACAAGUAAUUGAAAAUACAGGAGAGUUCUUCCGAAACCAAGGGAGACAGAUUUACCUUUCCCAGCCGCCUCUAUGUCCACCGCAAAUCUUUGACCUCAUGCUGCGAUGCUGGAGUCGUGACAUCAAAGAUCGUCCAACUUUUGGGGCUAUAUAUCGUUUUCUUUUACAACAGAGGGCAUUUGUUGUCUAGCGUCAUAGCCUGUGAACAGCUAGGGAAACCUAAGGAGAAUGGAGCCCCACAUUGUGGUUUCUGUGCCAUAAAGCAUGCAGCCUUCAGUACUGAAGCUAUCAUUGGUUGUCUGUUAAGACUGGUUUUGUCUUAGUGCAUCCCUAAAUAUUAAGUGAUGCAACAUUCUGUGGUUUGGUGACACUGUCUCCCAUUUAAAUGCAACAUUUUAAGGAAUAUGUUUUCCUCUUUUAUUUAGAGAAUGUCUUUUCAAAUUGUUGAUUCUUCAAAGACAAGGAAUUCUUACUGAGAUAAGCAGUGUUGAAGGUUCUGAUCUUAUUUCCACCAUGGACAAGAUGAAGGAAACAAGAUCUGUGUACACUUUUAAGAGACAAAGCGCACACAGACUAUUUCCCAAUGUUUAGAUGGGGAUUGCUGAAGAGUAACAUUCAGAAUAGAAGCCACUGUAAUUUAUGAAAGUGACAUUUUGGUCUUGGAAGAUAUUUCCUUCAGAUCUGUCAUCACAACAGAGGCUUGUUAUAGACAAAGUUAAAGGCUUGUAUGGCCACCAUGAUGGGAAGUGCAGUGGAAAACUCCCAUGAGGAUUUGCAGUGGAAUACUACCGUGGGGACUAGUAGUGGAAUACUGCCAUGUGGAUUUGUAGCGGAAUAUUCCAUGUUGAUCUGCAGUGGGAUUAAGUACACAGACUGGAGUUGCUUAUCCUACUAGGGUAUGUAAUUUGCAUUGUGCAGCCCAUCCCAUUUCACAUGGACAUCCAUAUUCAUCUGGAAUCAGACAUGCCUUCAAUGGCUAGAAAUGGAUUAGGAGCUUUUAGAUAGGAAUGUACUGCACUAAUUUUGAAAUUGAUACCUAUAUGCAGGACUGCUUUUUUUCCUGCAAGAGUCUUAAAGUUUUUGAAAGGUCUAUUUAGACUUCUAGUUAAUGUUAAAAGUGUGAGAUAUAUGCAGCUGUAAACAUGGUUAUUUUCUUUUUCCUGUGGUUUAUGAUGAGCACUGCUUUUUGUUGCUUCCGUUUCGCACACUGGAGUUUUAGUGAUAUGAAUGUUAAAGCUGAAUGUUAUUAGUCGUAGUGUGGUCACCGUAGAAGGAGUCCACCUUUGGCCUGUGAGCAAUGACUAAGAGCUGUGUUUGGCUGAGGGAAAACUAAUGUACUACUGUCAAUGUGUAGAUUUGCCAGUAUGGACUGAAAGGUAGUUAUUACAAGAUAAUAUGGACUGAAAGGUGGUAGUCACUACAAGAGAAUAUGGACUGAAGGGUAAUUAUUACUACAGGAGAUAAUCCCAAUAGUUUAUGCAGCCACAUUGGAUGGCAUUUGUUCUUAAGCCUAAGCAAUAUUUGCAGAGUUUUUUUGUGCACUAAUGUCGCUGUGGGUUAAACAUCACAGGGACAGUCUAAUUCAGAACAGUACCACUGUGCAUAUCGUAGUUCAAACUAGCCAGCCCCCCUCCCCACUACCUAGAAGGGAGUAGUUGCUUGCAAAGUACUAAUCGAAAACCAGUGUAGAGAUGCUAAAUUCUAAACUGAUGUACACUUCACAACCACAAGAAUAAUCUUGCCUAUAGAAGAUAUUACACUUCUGGACAUAUAUAAAGUUGUUGAGUCUAGUAUGUCCAACUGUAUUAGUAACUUGAGCAAAUGAUACCUGAAAGUUUGGGUGGCUCCAUAGAAACUGAUGUGUAGGGUUGCUUCUUCAUGUAAUGUUGGUAAAGAGUCUUGUCCAGUAUGUUAAAAUGAAUUGACAUAAAUGGAGAUGAUGAAUUCUAGUAUGAUGGAUUCCAGCUGUUUCUUUUGCUGGAAAAAGAUAUGAGAAACAGUUGCAUUUCCGUGCUUAAGUGCAGCUCAUGUGGUAUCUCUGGCUAAUAAAAAGUAGCUGGCUUAAAUAAUUGAAGCAAAUCAGGGAUGCACUUUGAGUAAUAAUCUUAUUAUGGGUGUGUUAAAGCUGUUGGCGGUAAGAUUGUCCUUUUUAUCUGACUAAAUUCAUAUGGCCAGCCACCUGUUAAAUUUCCAUUUAUGUUGUUUUUGGUCCAGGUUCAGGAAGAAUCUUACUGCCAGGACCAGGAAAAUAAAGAUUUAAUUCUUUCAUUUCCAUUCACUAAAGUCAAACCACUGUGAUGAACAAUCGCAAUUCUAACCCCUGGCAACAGAAACUGAGGAAAGACUAUUGAAGACAUCUGUAUUACGGAAGUGUAGGGUGUAUCAGUUACCACACCACUACAUUGCUGCUUAUGUUUCCAUAACUAGGAGGGAAAAAAUAGGGGUCUCUUGGAACAAGUGAGUCAUUGCCAUUGCUUGGUCCUAGACCUGGUAAUCUCUUCAAUACUUCUUGCAUAAAUAGUCAAUCCUACAAGGUUGUAUCCUGUAAGUAAGGAUGCACAAGGUAGGAGGAGGUUCUAGAACUGGUGCCUUCGAGUUGUCAGUGGGUCAUGAAGGAGCACAGACUGGUGUACACAUCUGUGGUGAUAGCAAGAAAGAAAGGCAGGGGGAGAAAAUGUAGCAGACAUUAAAAUUACAAAGACCCACAUAUUGAAUAAAAAAAAAACACCCAGGCCAUGUUUAGGAUAGGCCAUCACUAACUUACUGAAGGUCUGUCAGUUUAGUGCAGAGCGGAUGUGAGCUGUGGGAGCUUCAUUCCCCAGUUUUGGGUUUGAUUCCAUCAGUCUCCGUUUUCGAAUUCUACAACUCCAAACAAGUCACUUAAACUAGGCUGGGCCAUCACUAAAGAAUGGGCCUCAGUGUGUUGAAAAACCUGGUUAACAAAAUAAACUAGUAAAUUAAUCCUCUUGGUCAGCAUGCACUGUCAUUUUCUUCCCACCCUAGGGCUGGGGUGCUGUGGAGUAAUGCCCCAUUUAUACAUUUGUUUACAAGGAUCCUGCUUACAUUUGCAGCAUCCUUAUUGCCCCUGUGUUAGUCCAUCCAUUAACAUUGCCACUUGGUCUUAAGUAGGUAUUGUUUAAAUGGCUCAAUGUCAGGCAAACCAAAAGUCAUCAUUUCUGGUAUUAUUUUUUUAGUUUAUUGUUUCAUUGGAAACACUCCAAGGUAUCCCUGGAGGAAUGCUUUUAAGAUGUGGUAGUAACCUUUUAACGUGCUGGAUGACCUAAAGAUCAAAGUCCCUUUGUUUCCACAUAAUCUCUGCGGAUAUGGUAAGCUGUGCUUGACUAGGCUUUGUGUGCCCACUACGGUAUUUCUAGGAACAGAGAGCAAAGUCCGUUGUCACAGUCUUAGUUACCAAACUGUGUUCUUGUUUCAAAGAAGAGAGGAAGAGUGUGUCAUAUACAACAGGCCUGCAGUACCCUAUACUUGUAGGUACCUACCAAAUUCCCCAACUUUAAGGCUUGCGGGGGACUUUAAAUUGUUGCCCUCUAAACACAGCUAUUAAUGUUUGACUAAUGAGUUUCAGGAUUGGAAAAGCUUUAUUUUAUGUCAGAAAACAUGAUUAAGACUUGGUUUGUGCACAUAUGUAGGGUGUUAUGUUUGUACUAUAAAUGUUAAAUGUGUUUUAAAAUUAAAAGCUGUAAUUGAUAUUGUUACUACUGUAGGUGCAGACACUGGUUAGAAACUAAGCUUCCAGCUCCUCACAUUUUAUCCUUUGUGUUUUGCUUUUGUAUUCUAAAUCUUAGAGACUAUUCAUUUGAUGCAGUUCUGUCAAACAGGAGGAUACCAUGUUAGAGAGAUUUUUUGUAAGGUAUAUAGAAGCCUGAGAAAUUUGAGGUACACACUUUUUUUUGUCAUUUCACAGGUGUUGAAUUAAAAUAUGUUAUACACAAAAGUAGAAAGACAAGUUAGGCAAGCAAGUUAACCACUGCCUGCUGGGCCUGUAUCAGACUAACACGUGAAAUUAUAAACAGGACAUACCGGUUUACAGUCUGUGUGAAUCCUGUGAUGCAGAAACACUUGGGUGCUGCAGCAGGACAAAGCUGGAUGCAUGUAGUUGAGCUGUACCUGUCUGCACUUUGUAGUUUUGGCAACCCCAGAAAGCUCAGUUCUAAAAUGAACCCAGCAACAUGAUGCAUGCAAUGAGCUAAAAGUUGCCAAAAACAUUUCCUCUACCUUUUUAUUUUUUCCCUUGUUAUAUGAAGUCUAAUUUGUAUUUUUUGUGUCAGGGGUAGACUUGUCUGUUGGAUGUACUGAUUUUAUUUAAUUCAGCUGUAUAGGUAUUCAGCAAGUUCUAUCAUUCCUUAUUCCUUUUUUUCUGUAGAGUUGUAUUUCUGAUACACAUAGAUUUGUAAUAGGUAGCUUUGUAAGUAUUUAUCGAAACCAGCCUGUAUAACAUUUUUUUCUUUGUAAAUAGCUCAGCUAAUUGUGGCUAGUACUUAAAAUGUUUAAUCGUGUCUGUUGAGUGUUCAACUCUUUUUGAUAGUGUAUACUGAAUUUACAGUAUGGCAUUACUGUGACAGCAUCAAUAUAGAGUUUCAGAUGGUAGGUACCACUUGCACCCAAAUGAAAUGUUCUGACUAAAAGAAUAAAAAUAGUUUUAAAUUAA